AUGAGAAAAGCAUAUUCAAUCUUCCCCCACUCAUCAUCCCAUAGAAGUAAUCAAACUGUUUAUAGGGCAACCCUGUUGGCCCUCACCCUACCUCACCCAAAAAAAAAAGCAAAAGGGGGAGAUUUUUUCCCGUGUCCAAAUCGAGUGUCUUGGCAUUUUUGUCUGGGAUUCCUUACUUUAAAACCGCCGUCCCUCUCUCUUCCUUCUCCCCCUCUACACUAUCAACUACAGCUUCUACUCAACACGACUACCUUUUAUCACGCCAAACCGUCAAUCACCAUGACCGAAACAUCUACCAUCGUCUCCAAUACGGCGAAUCUCGUCAAAUUCCUCAACUUGGAUCAGAGAGGGUCAAUUCAGGCAGAGUAUAUCUGGAUUGACGGAGCCAACGGCGUUAGAUCAAAGACGAAGACUCUCUUCAAGAAGCCAUCUUCUGUCGAAGAUUUGCCCGAAUGGAACUUUGACGGAUCCUCUACUGGUCAAGCUCCUGGUGAAGACUCGGACAUCUACCUCAGGCCUGUCGCAAUCUUCCCUGAUCCUUUCAGGCAGGGUGACAACAUUCUCGUGUUGGCUGAGUGUUGGAAUGCGGAUGGGGCCCCUAAUAAGUUUAACCAUCGCCACGAGUGUUCCAAGAUUAUGGAGGCUCAUAAGGAUCAGAAGCCUUGGUUUGGAUUGGAGCAAGAAUAUACUCUCUUUGAUCUUUAUGGAAACCCAUACGGGUGGCCAAAGGGAGGCUUCCCGGGCCCUCAGGGACCAUACUACUGUGGUGUUGGAACUGGCAAGGUUUAUUGUCGUGACAUCGUUGAGGCUCACUAUAAGGCCUGUUUGUAUGCUGGUGUUAAGAUCUCUGGAAUCAACGCCGAGGUCGGCCCGUGUGUCGGCAUUGAGAUGGGCGACCAUCUCUGGAUCGCCAGAUACCUCCUUCAUCGUGUAGCUGAAGAAUUUGGUGUUAAGAUCUCGUUCCAUCCCAAGCCUAUUUCCGGAGAUUGGAAUGGUUCUGGAUUACACACAAAUGUUUCUACCGAGGCUAUGCGCGAUGAGGGAGGCAUGAAGGCUAUUGAGGAGGCCAUUCAGAAGCUCUCGACUCGCCACGCGGAGCACAUCGCCGUCUAUGGCGAUGACAACACCCUCCGUCUCACCGGUAGACAUGAAACCGGAAAUAUUGAUGCCUUUUCCUAUGGUGUCGCGGACAGGGGGUCUUCUAUUAGAAUCCCUAGGUCUUGCGCAAAGGAAGGCAAGGGUUACUUUGAGGAUCGACGUCCUGCAUCUAAUGCUUGUCCAUACCAGAUUACUGGUAUCAUGAUGGAGACUAUUUGUGGCGGCAUUUAGAUUACGGGUUUUCUUUACUGGCGCAGUUAAUGUCUCUUCUCUUCGGUUGUUUUGUCUUUUUCCUUUGGUCUUUUUUAUUUUAGACAGGAACGUUAGCGGGGCCUCAUUGAGUGAAAAGGGGUCCCACAGAAGUCUAACUAUUAAUGCAAAAAUAAAAUUGCAGCCACAACA